AUGGCAGUACCUGACUCUAUCAACCACAAUUUCGAGAAUAGUAGUCGGAUUUUGUCGAAACAACAUACUUGUCAAAUACCGCGCCGCCUAGACGUGGCGAUCGCUAAGCAGACUGUGUCGGCUGAGGAUCUUGCCAAUAAAAUUGUACAAACAGAGAGUGUAUAUGGCCCAGCUUUGCCCGUGCUUGAACAUCUCAAUGCGCCAGUGCAAAAAAAUUGGUGUGAUGUUGUGCUAGCUGCUGAAUUUAAGCGAGCGAGUCCUAGCAAAGGUGACAUUGCAAUGGAGCUUGAUUUGCGCGAGCAGGUGCAAGCAUAUGCCGAUGCGGGUGCUCGCAUGAUUUCCGUUUUGACGGAGCCUAAGUGGUUCAAAGGAUCAUUAGAUGAUAUGAUGGAAGCCAGAGACGUCGUUAAGGGCUUAAGCAGGCGUCCCGCUAUUCUGCGCAAGGAUUUCAUCAUCGACUCCUACCAACUCUUGGAGGCUCGUGCGUACGGAGCUGAUUGCGUUCUACUCAUCGUGGCACUGCUGUCACCUGAGCAACUAAACGAGCUAAUUGAUGCGACUCAUAAUCUCGGUAUGUGCGCUUUAGUUGAGGUUAACAGCAUUUCAGAGCUAGACAUAGCUCUAGCUGCUAAGGCACGAUUAAUUGGCGUCAACAAUCGAGACCUUCGCACGUUUAAGGUUGAUAUGAAUACUACGGCCCGUGUUGCGGUCGCCAUUCUGGGAUUCGUUCGCAUGCGGAUGUCGUCAGUUACGAAAGUGAAGGACCUCCUGCAAAAUGUGCCGCAUCGUAACGAGGUUAGUGAUCUUUCCCUGCUUCCACCGCUUGCGAAGGUGUGUGGCGUCACAAAAGUAGAGUACGCCCUAGCGGCCUUGCGUAAUGGCGCCGACAUGAUAGGGAUCAUUAUGGUAGAGAAUUCUCCACGUUACGUCGAGAUGGAGGAAGCUAAGGCUAUUGCGAAAGCCGUGCAAAAAUACGGAGAACGCACGGGUCCAAUCCUUCCAGACAUUUUAAAGACUCAUCUUGACGGCCAGAAAGAUUGGUUUCACAAAAAUGUGCUCGCUUUGCGUGAAGCUUGCUCGCGUGCUCCUCUCGUGGUUGGAGUGUUCGUCGAUAAGACGGCAGCCGAAAUGAACGCGGCUGCAGAAAUAAUUGGCCUGGAUUUGAUUCAGUUACACGGUGACGAGGGUUUUGAGAUUUGCACGCAAAUUGAACACCCAACCAUCCGUGCGUUGCAUUUGCCUGAGAUGGCGCUGUGCAAUGAAGUUGACGCUGAAGCUAUUCUACAGCAAGUCCAGGGAGGUCUUGCGAAUUAUAUUCUGCUUGAUACGACCGUUAAGGGUCAGUACGGCGGGACUGGCGUGACUUUUGACUGGAAUAUUGCGGCGAUUUUCACGCAUGGACGAAUUCCUUGCCUUAUGGCUGGCGGUCUGACUCCUGCAAAUGUCGUAAAAGCUCUUACAAUAGGUCGGCCCAUUGGCAUAGAUGUAAGCAGUGGCGUAGAAGUGAAGGGAUCUCCUGGCGUGAAAGACUUGGACAAGAUGGCUUCAUUUUUAAAAGCUGUGAAAAGUUACCUUUCAGUUGCUACGCAGAAGAUCGAGGAGGAGGCGUAG